GGCGGCGGGGGGCGGCCAUGGUGUCGCCGGCGGCGCGGCUGGUGGGGCAGGGUGUGUGGGCGGCGCUGACCGGCGGUUGGUACCACGACCCGGAGCAGGGAGCCUUCACCAACAGCUGCCAUCUCUAUCUGUGGCUCUUCCUACUGACGCUGCCCCUCGCCAUGCACCUGGCUUUUCCAGCAAAUUCAGUUACAGCUUUUGCAUACUGCAGCUUAGUGACAGUGUUCUUCACAGCAAUUAAGGUGAUCAGUUACCGUCUGCACCUUAUGUUUGAUAAAGGCGAAGCAGUUCAACAACAGGUCCCAAGAAAAAAUGGAAGGCAGUGUAAAGAUGCAGAGGUCCCAAAAGAAAACACAGUUCUUCCGCCCUCAAAUCAUAGCAAUAACGUUGGGGAUAAUGGUGUAAUUGGUGAGACCAACCAAAAUGGCUCUACCCCCACAAUACAUGACAGUUUGAGGCUAGAAGCUCUUCACUCACGGAGCUCAUCUGGGGCAACGGACCUGCCAACACGGGAAACUAUUGAAGAUCUCAAAGGGAUUACAGUAUUAGAAGACCAGUCUGUACCACCAAUUUCAUCUACCUCACCUGGUAUCAAAGGAGACAUAUUACCAGUUUCCUCAGCCUCUGCAUCAGGUUCUACAACAUCAGCAAUAGUGUCAAAACCAGCUGCUGUGGAAACGCUUUGUGGAACUGGAAUAAAUCAAAGCGGAGAGAAUGAGCAACAUGCAUCACAAGUUGUUCUCAUGGACAAAGAUGCAGCUAAAAAUUUCUCUAAUAUUUCUUCAUCGCAAGGUGAUAUUAUAAGGACUGGAGUUUCUUUGGAACCAUGGGACAGUGAAAAUUCAGUUAUUUCAGACCAUUUAAGUAAUCCGAGAAACCAGAAAAGAGAGAAAUUACCAGAUGGCUCACUGCAGGCAAGCUUUACCAGUAACUGCCCACAGUGCAGUGCUUUUGCAACCAAAGAUCCUGAGCUUGUGGAAAGUUCUUGCAGUGCUGAUAGUACCAAUGAAGACCUUGACUGCUCGGAUAGUGAGACUGCUGUUGCAAUUGUUGACAACUCUCUUCCUGGAGACCAACUGUGUGAGCCCAUUAAAAUUGUCAUCACAAUGAGCAGCACACCAAACAGCACCCUCAGUGAUCUAGCAGGCUCUGUCCAUCUGAGGGCUCUGGGUACUGAGAGAACAAGCUCAGCUCUUGAGUCCGGUAUAGUCACAGCAGAUUGGCAAAGUCAGCAGACUAAUGAACAGCUCAGAAUUCCUGUUAUAACUUUUGAUUUGUCUGAUGACAGCAAAGGUAAUGACUACCCAGAAAUUAGUGAAAGUGAAAGAACUCCAGAAAUGUUGAGGACUGAUCUGUCAUCCAACCACUGCUCUGGCUAUGAAUCUGGUGAUGGAGUAAAAGAACACAGCAAUCCAGUAAAUGCUCCUUCAGAAAUGAACACUUGUUCAGAUCCAAAUCAGAAGAAGGCUUCUGAAAAUGUCCAAAACAUGGGUUUGAGUCCAAAGGAAGAACUACAGAGCCUAGAUCCUCAAUCCUGUAGAACUGCUCAUGAAAAGAGGCACAUGCGGGUGCUGAGUGUAGACAGUGGUACAGAUGUGCUUUUAAAUAAGAAUUCAGUGGAGGCAUCUGACAAAGAGAAGACUUUACCUACUUCUAAAUCUGAUCUAGAAGCUAAAGAAGGACAGGUACCCAAUGAGUCAAAUUUUCUAGAGUUUGUCUCCCUUCUGGAAUCCAUUAAUACCUCAAAGAUGAAGGCAUCUAAUCAAUCUACUGUCAAAAUGGAGGUUACAAAAGAAAAUGUCCCUGCUGGAGAUAGCCAGACAACAGAGAGAAAAGAAGAAGUGAUGGGAACAGAAAAGCACCGUGAGCAACUUCCUAAGCAGGAAAGAUCAGAUGUACAAAGCCAAGAUCGUGCUAGUACUAGUCCAGUACUACCAGAGUCUGCCAAAUUUACAGCACUUUACCAGGGCAACAGGCAAAGGCAGAUAAUCUACCGAGUAACUUCUCAGCAAGACAGUUCUGUCUUGCAAGUAAUAAGUGGACCUGAGGCGUCUGUACAAGAUGAGCUAUCCGUGGAUGCAAUGCAUGUGUUCAUAGAUGAAAAUGGGGAAAUUAGAUCCUGUUAUUUAAAGGCUGGCUGUCAGAAGGAAGGAAAUCAUCGACAUCAACUAUCAAACUGUGAUUGCAUUUCAAAUGCUCAUGAGAUACAGUUCAGUUCUUCUAGUACCACCACUUCAGAGAGCCAGGAACCAUCUUCUGGGGAUCAGGCAGCAAGUGCUCUGCAGCAGCAGCUCCUUCUAAUGGUGGCACGAAGGACCCUCUCAGAAACCCCACGGGCAACCAGGCUUCUGGAUGUCUAUUGUGGAAUGUCAAAGCCACAUCUCUCAAUGCAGCUGAUAAAAGAAAAAAGCCCUCAGAGUUCUUUUAAGAUGCAACCCAGUCAGGAACCUGAAGAUUCUUCAUGUUCUUCAGCACAGCGGAAAUUGAACAGGCAGUUUUACCGAUUUAUCAUAUUCCCUGGUAAAUGGAUUAAAGUCUGGUACGAUCGGCUGACCUUGUUGGCACUGCUGGACCGGACAGAGGAUAUAAAGGAGAAUGUACUUUCUAUUCUCCUAGUAGUUCUCGUUUCACUUCUUGGAUUCCUGACUCUAAACCAAGGCUUUUGCAAAGACAUUUGGGUUCUGUUGUUCUGUCUCGUUAUGGCCAGUUGCCAGUAUUCUCUCCUAAAGAGUGUCCAGCCUGAUCCUGCUUCACCAAUACAUGGGCACAAUAAAAUCAUAACCUACAGCAGACCUGUUUAUUUUUGCCUAUUAUGUGGCCUUAUUUUGCUGCUAGAUGCUGGAUCUAAAGACACAAAUCCUUCAGUUUAUACAAUGUAUGGCUUGAAGCUUUUUUCUCCUAGAUUUCUCCAGUCAGCCAGAGACCAUAUAAUAGUGUUUUUGUAUUGCUUUCCUGCAAUUUCCCUUCUUGGUCUUUUCCCUCAAAUCAACACCUUCUGUAUAUAUCUUUUGGAACAAAUAGACAUCUUGCUUUUUGGUGGUUCUGCUGCUUCUGGAUUAGUGUCUGCACUCUACAGCAUUUCCCGAAGCUUCGUGGUUCUGACUGUCCUGUAUGCAUUUUGUUUCAGUGCAGUGAAGGAACCCUGGGAUGCACAGCACAUUCCAGCGUUGUUUUCUGCUUUCUGUGGUCUGCUAGUUGCACUUUCUUAUCACCUCAGCAGACAAAGCAGUGACCCAUCUGUACUGAUGUCCCUAAUUCAAUGCAAAUAUGUCCCUCACUUUCUGCGUCAACAAUUUGAAGAUUCAUCAACAGAUCCACUCCCAGAAAAAAUGAGAGAAUCAGUGAAAGAAGUUUUGAAAUCGGAUCUCAUUGUCUGCACAGCAGCAGCUGUUCUGUCAUUUGCUGUGAGUGCCAGCACUGUGUUUCUAUCAUUAAGGCCAUUUCUCAGCAUUGUCCUGUUUGCUUUAGCAUGGACUGUGGGAUUUGUAACACAUUACAUACUUCCUCAGCUUCGCAAGCAUCACCCCUGGCUGUGGAUCUCCCACCCCAUACUUAAAAGCAAAGAACACCAGCAACGGGAAGUGAGAGAUGCUGCUCAUUUGAUGUGGUUUGAAAGGCUGUAUGUGUGGCUUCAGUGCUUUGAGAAAUAUGUCUUAUAUCCAGCUAUAAUAUUGAAUGCCCUCACCAUUGAUGCUUUCUCCAUUAGUAAAUACAAGAAGCUUGGUACACACUGUGAUAUUAUCUUGAUAACAGUUGCUGGGAUGAAACUCCUCCGUUCCUCAUUCUGCAAUCCCAUUAAUCAGUUUGUUACUUUGAGCUUUACUGUAAUCUUUUUCCAAUUUGACUACAGAGACAUUUCAGAAAAUUUUCUGCUAGAUUUCUUCAUGAUGUCCAUCGUGUUUCACAAGCUGUGGGACCUGCUGCAAAAGUUGCAGUUCAUCAUGACAUACAUCGCUCCCUGGCAGAUUGCCUGGGGGUCAUCGUUCCAUGUGUUUGCUCAGCUCUUUGCAAUACCUCACUCUGCCAUGCUUUUUUUCCAAACUCUGGCCACUUCAGUCUUUUCUACUCCACUGAGUCCAUUCCUUGGUAGUGUCAUCUUUAUUGCAUCAUACGCAAGACCGAUCAAGUUCUGGGAGAAAAAUUACAACACCAAAAGGUCGGACCAUUCCAACACAAGACUGGCAAUUCAGAUCGAAAAAGAUGCAGGAAAUGAUGACAAUAAUCUCAACUCAAUAUUUUAUGAGCAUUUGACAAGAUCGCUGCAGGAGUCACUUUGUGGAGAUUUGAUUCUGGGCCGAUGGGGAAACUACAACACAGGAGACUGUUUUAUUCUAGCAUCAGAUUAUCUAAAUGCAUUUGUGCACUUGAUCGAAAUUGGGAAUGGCCUGGUCACCUUUCAGCUCAGAGGGCUGGAAUUUCGAGGGACAUAUUGCCAGCAGAGAGAAGUGGAGGCUAUAACAGAAGGAGAUGAAGACGAUGAAGGCUGCUGCUGCUGUAAGCCAGGACACUUGCCUCACUUGUUAUCAUGUAAUGCAGCCUUUAACCUCCGAUGGCUGACGUGGGAAAUAACACGAACCCAGUACAUCCUCGAAGGAUAUAGCAUCAUUGAUAACAAUGCUGCAACGAUGCUGCAAGUGUUCGAUCUGCGGAGAAUUCUUAUCAGAUACUACAUAAAGAGUAUAAUAUACUUUACAGCAAGCUCUCCCAAAAUUCUUGAGUGGAUAAAAGAUGAAUCCAUCCAAAAGACGCUGCAGCCUUAUGCAAAGUGGCAUUAUAUUGAACGUGACCUUGCAAUGUUUAACAUUAACAUAGACGAAGACUAUGUUCCUUGUCUCCAAGGAAUAACAAGAGCUAGUUUUUGCAGUGUUUAUCUGGACUGGAUUCAGUACUGUGCCAGGAAAAGGGCAGAGCACUUGGACAGCGAUGAGGAUUCUCCACUAGUAACGCUUUCCUUUGCUUUGUGUAUACUGGGCCGAAGAGCUUUGGGAACUGCAUCUCAUAACAUGGCUAUCAGCUUAGACUCCUUUCUGUAUGGCCUCCAUGCACUGUUCAAAGGGGACUUUCGGAUAGCGGCGAAGGAUGAGUGGGUCUUUGCAGACAUGGAUCUGUUGCAUAAGGUGGUCGCCCCAGCGAUCCGCAUGUCUCUGAAGCUCCAUCAGGACCAGUUCACCUGCCCGGAUGAGUAUGAGGACCCAGCAGUCCUGUAUGAAGCAAUCCAGUCUUUUGAAGAAAAGGUUGUUAUCUGCCAUGAAGGUGACCCAGCCUGGCGCAGUGCUGUCCUCUCCAAUAGAGAAGAGCUGCUGACCCUGAGGCAUGUGGUAGAUGAAGGAGCGGAUGAAUAUAAAGUUAUCAUGCUUCACAAAAGCUACUUGAGCUUCAAGGUUAUCAAGGUCAACAAGGAGUGUGUCAGAGGACUGUGGGCUGGGCAGCAGCAGGAACUAAUCUUCUUGCGCAAUCGUAACCCAGAGAGAGGGAGCAUCCAGAACAACAAACAGGUCUUGAGGAACUUAAUUAAUUCUUCAUGUGAUCAGCCACUGGGAUAUCCAAUGUAUGUUUCCCCUUUAACCACCUCAUACCUUGGGACACACAGCCAACUGAGGAACAUAUGGGGGGGACCAGUCAGUUUGGACAACAUUAAAAAGUGGUUCAGAUCCAAAUGGUUAAGGAUGCGUAAGGACUGUCAUGCAGCUCACCAUGACAGAGGCAACGUUGAAGAAGCAGAUACUGGAGGAGCAUCUGGCAGCACAGGUAACUCAAGCCAGAGUAGCAGCUCGCAGCACACCAGAGAUGGAACCCCUCAGUUGCAGCCUUCAUCGCAAGAGGCCCACCAGCGUGCAGGCAGGAGGAAACACAGGAGUCAGUCUGUCCAGGCACACGCUGCUUUAAACCAAAGGCCCCCUGUUUCAAGUCACUCUGGACCAAUCGCAGAAAGCCGCCAGCCUUUCAUGCAGACAUCUACAUCUGCCCACGAGAUCGCCCAGCGGCUCUCAAGCAGCCAGCUGUCACUCCACAACUCGGCCACGUCUGUGUUUUCUCAGUCCCCUGCCGUUCCCACUGCUGGCCAGCUGACUGUGCAGGACCGAGCUGCUGCGAUGCUCAGGUCCAGUCUGGCCUCGUCCACCAGCUCCACUCUCAGCCUGCUGUUUGGCAAGAGAAGUUUUUCAAGUGCUUUGGUGAUUUCUGGGCUCUCAGCUGCAGAUGGAGGUAACACCAGUGACACGCAGUCGUCCAGCAGCAUGAACAUCGCCAUGGGUCCUUCUGCUAGAGCAGCAAGUCAGGGAACUCGGCAGCUCACCGAGACCUGCGAUGCGACUGAUGCGACAGAAUCGAAACAGCGUCGAGAGCAAGGGCUGUCCCAUGCCAUGCUCAUGAGUCAGACCCUGGAGUGCCGAAGGGCCAGCCAGGAAGACAUGGCCCUGGAAGACACAGCCUCCCAGCAAAGCCUGUCUGAGGAGCAGUAAGGAUUAUUGGUAGCGCGAGGGCCACACGUUUCUCAGAAUUCGAGACAGAGUUAAGUCAGGGAGCUGCAGGUGGGUUUAUGUUCUUUCAGAUUUAACACGUAACCUCCAAACGUUUAUUUUUCUAACUUUUAAGCAGGAAUAUGACAGGGCACGUGUUCUUCAGUUAAAGGCUUUUGGCAUGGGUAGGGUUGGAAGAUGUUCUAAAAAUCAUGGUGCCACUUCAUCUCAGGUUCUUGUAAAUCCUACAGCAAUGAACACAACCUGUGUGACAUUCCUUCCCAUGCAGAGGCACUGACCCACUAGUGGUGACAAAAUAAAGCGUAACAGGUGGUGAAUGAAUGAAUACAAUAGGAGAUACUAACACAACUUAGUGAAAAGCACACGAGACAUCUUUCCUGUCAUAGCUAGACAGCUGAUUGCAUGCAAACUAAUUGGCAUUUGAUAUAUAAUGUAUAACAAAAGACAGCUUUGAAGAGAAGCAGUGAACAUGUACAAGGACAGUACAACGUGUGCUGGAACAUUAGACAUAAAUCUGAUUUUUCUUCCCCAACAGCAAAUCUCUUUAUUUUCCUCCGACACGUUAUGCAGGUGGUAAUUAUGAAUAGCAACAUAGCAUCACGCAGACUGAUAUACUGCAUGCAGCUAUACUGAAACUUUGUGUGAACGAACCUUGCUAAACACAUUAAUAAAAGUCAAGCGCAAGAAAGAAAGUAGCCAGUGCAUGGAAAGCCUUCACAAAGCAUACGGUGCACCUUAUCUGCAAAGAAAGCAGCUCUCUAUUAACAGCUGCUCUUAGGUAUAAUCUCAUGCUCCUGUUUGGUUUACGACAGUGUUUCUCAAACUGCAGGCAACCAGCUCUCCUGGGAGAUGCAAAAGGGCCCGGGAGAGUUCUCCCCGAGGACAGCAAAGUGCAAAGCAGGCUGUAAUUACUGUCUGCGUUUGUAUUGGGCAGGGAGCAGCUUGAUGCCUUUAAUUGCUGGACACAGUUCAGUGUCCAUAAACACGUGUAGCCAGUAAUUACACAGAGCUCCAAUUUCCCUCCCCGAGAGAAACUGAGCUGCUGCCAGUUUAACAGUUGCAUAAAGACAGAUGAAGCAAAAAGAGAGACUGUGCUUUCACAAAGUUUGAGAAAUACUGAUUUACAGGAAUGCAUGACUGUUUUGGAAGCCAGAAGGCUACAACAAAUCCUUAAUGUAAUAUAGGGCAUAAACACAUACGCGUUUUGUUUUGUUUUUUUUUUAAUUAAAAAAUUUGCAGCUA